UGUUUGUCAAAUUUUGCCCACCCUUUCCUAGUCAUCAUUCUACUUGAACUAGAACUUGAAUAUGUCAUUUGCCGGCUUUUUGGAUAUAGCACGAAAAGAUGUAGAUAUCCCAAGCAAGUCUCCCACAGAUCUCUUACCAUUGCUACAUGCUGACUUCAUCACGAAUUAUGAGAAGAACAAGGAUUCAUAUGAGUACGUUAUGGCGGAACCACUGCGAUUAAGUGGCAUCUAUUGGUGUGUGAGUGCUGUCAUGAUUUUGAAUAAGCCCGACGCAUUGAGCCGCGAUGCAAUUAUCGAGUAUAUACGAGAGUGUCAACGGCCUGAUGGAGGCUUUGCUCCAGCUACCCAUCAUGACAGCCAUCUUCUCCAUACAUUAAGCGCUGUACAGAUAUUGAUAAUGUAUGAAGCGUUAGACAGUUUUGAUCUGGAUGCAGUAGCCGAUUACGUUCGCAGAUUACAAAAUGACGACGGCAGCUUUGGUGGCGAUGUGUCAAAUGAAGUGGACACAAGGUUUUCGUUCUGCGCUGUUGCCACGCUUUACCUCAUCGACAGACUACACGUGAUUGAUGUGGAGAAGACGAUCAAAUACGUACUACGUUGCUAUAAUUUUGAUGGCGGUUUUGGAACAAGACCAGGUUCCGAAAGUCAUUCUGGGCAGGUUUACUGUUGUCUGGGUACCCUUUGUAUCACAAAACGAUUGGACUCGAUUGAUAGAGACCGUACUGCGGAAUGGCUAGCUCAGCGACAAUGCGCCAGUGGAGGAUUGAAUGGUCGACCCGAGAAGCUGCCCGAUGUUUGCUAUUCGUGGUGGGUUCUUGCGUCGCUAGCGAUGCUGGGUCACUUGAAUUGGGUGGACAAGGACGCCUUGAUGAAAUUUAUUUAUGCAUGUCAGGACGACGAGACUGGCGGUUUUGCAGAUCGUCCCGGAGACUGCCCAGAUCCAUUCCAUACAGUAUUCGGAGUUGCGGGUUUGUCUUUACUCGGUCGUGAGGAUUUGAGUGCAGUUGAUGCCGUUUUUUGUAUGCCAAAAUACACACUUAAGGAAAAGUCACUGUGCUAAUGUGUGAUAUUCCUGCUUUCUAACGUGUCAUAUCUUGUUUGUUUGAAAUUUUUUGAUGAUUCUGAUGUUUCUGAAAUUUGAUAUUUCUUCAUCACUAACUCUGCCAUUUCGUCAGAUGGAACUUUUUCCAUGCAUAAAGACUUACCCUCUGA